AUGGCCCCCGUGACGCUGAAAACGGUCGAUGGUGAGAUAUCCCAGAUGACCCCCGGCCCCCUCCCCAAUCCCUCGCCCUCGGCGACUAACCGGUGUGCAGACGACCUCAAAGAUGUGAUCCAGCACCUGUUCGAGAUCCAAUCGGCGGUCCAUGGCUAUUUGGGACCGGAGACGCAGCAGGAAUUGGUGCGCAAGAUCAAAAACCUCACUCUCGCCCUCUCCGCUCUCUCCAACCACACGGAACUCCCCAGCACACAAGACCCGGCGGCCCCGUCAGCCGACGCCAACAGCAGCAGCAGCAGCGACCCGUCCAACCCGCCGCUAGCCAGCAUCCAGCUCCCGCCCGAGAUCAUCGACUACGUGGACGCAGCGCGCAACCCGGACAUCUACACGCGCGAGUUCGUCGAGCUCGUCCAGCGCGGUAACCAGGACCUGCGCGGUAAGCGCGAGGCCUUUGCUGGGUUCCGGGAUGUGCUGGCGCGCGAGAUGCGCAGUGCCAUGCCCGAGUGUCGCGGCGAGGUCGAUCGUGUUGUGAGCGCUACGGGGGGAGGCGGCGAGCAGUGCGAUCGGCCGGAUGGGCCUCGUUUCGGUGAGAUGGGGGGCGCAGGGAAUGUGACAUGA